AUGAGAUAUGUCUUCUUACAACUGGCCGCUUCGCUGGUCAGAUCAAAAAGCGUCGAUUUCCACAAAAGACCGUCAGGGCGACGAUUAUGGUUGACUCGAUCCGUCAGUCAUGCGGGCCUCAUCAUGCCCGACGGUCCUGGAAGCAGGCCAUGUUAUCGUCGACCGAAUGCGUCCAACGUGACUAAACACACCGCCUGCUCCGCCGCUUCAACCGCCGCGUCAGUUGUAUCCGAGCCACCGAAGGCGCCUCUUGUCUCCUCUUCUUCUGCCUCCCCAGCCUCCUCCUCCUUCAACCAGUCUGACUCUGCUCGUCUCUCGACUUCCACUCAUCCCAGUCCCUUCCAGACCGCCGACGUCUGCUCCAGCGACAGUCCAGCUCUUCGUUUUGCCUCGAUUGACCGGUCUUCAUUCGGCCCAACCACCAGACCCGCCUACAGUGCAUACAUGCACACUCCAGACUGGCUUACAGCCAAUCCCCUUGACAACAUUUCCAUCUCCUCUCUGCCUCUCAGACAGACCUCGAUUGCCUCACCAACCGACCCACCGAGAGGCCGACAUCAAAGUCUGACGGACCGCUGGUCGAACUCAAGUCCACUGCCUCUUUUGCCCUCCGACAGGACUGGAUCGGCCAAACCACCACUGCCGGAACGCGGUUAUGGCUCCAGCGAAGUAGAGCUGGUUGAACGG